AUGAUUGAUAAGAAAAAAGUAGGCAAAGAUAUAGAUAAUAAAUGUAUUAAUUAUGAAUUUCCAUACUAAAUUGAUUAAAAUAGAGAUGAUACCUCUGAUUUAAAUGGUGCUAACUCAACAUAAAGGCAUUUUUUAAAACAAAAUGAGGAUAGUAAGGAGAUUUCUUUCAGCAAUAUUACCAAUAACAUAUUUAAUGCGUUGGAUAAGAAUAGUGAUUUGAGCUAUUUUUCUAACUAAGAUGGAGCAUAUAAAAGGAGAAAACUUUUUGAAUUAGAAGAAUAAGAAAUUGGUUCUACUUUUAGAAACAUCAAUAAGAGGAAAGAUUAUUAUUAAGAAAAUUUAGAAUACAAUGAAUACGAAGAAAAUAUAUAUAGAAAGUAAACUACAUAAAAAUAAUUAUCAUAAAACUAUAGUAAAGAACUAAACUCAAACCCUUUCAACUUUUCCGAUAAGAUUUCAGAGAUAUUAAAUUCAGAAGAUCUUAAUAUGAAAAUCCAUAAAAAAGAAAGCGAUAACUCCAAAAAGCAUCCGUCGAUUGAGCUUUAAUGUUCUCCAAGCAUAAAAGCUAUGUGCUAUGAAAAUAUAAAAAGAGCUUAAAAAACUCAAAAAGGCAAAAAUUAUUGCAAUGACUCAGAUUCUGAAGAUGAGUGUGAAAGUUAAAAAAAUAAUUAAAAUAAAUAAAGUGAUGAUGAUAAUUCUUCUUAGAACACAGAUAAAAAAACUUAAAAAAAUUCAAUAUUUGAAUAAUCCCAUUUCAAUGAAGAUAUGAUUAUCGAGCUAAAUAAAGCUUAGAAGAAUUUGGAUAAAAGAGAUUUUUCUAACGAUUUUAAGUCUAUUGCUAAUAAACCCUCUCUAGAGGAAGAUACAAAAAAGAAGCCAAAUUUUUUAAAUGUUUUAUUUUAUAUUACAAGAUUUAAGAGGAAAAUGAGAUCGAAAAUCAAUUUUAAGUAGUUUUUAUCAUUAAAAUAUUGGCAUUUUAAGCUGAUAGACGAUUUUUCUUAUUAUAUUAAAAAUGAAGAUUAAUCUAAUUAAGUUUCUAUUGAUAAAAUCUUUUCUAAAAUAUAAACUUUUUCUCCUUCAUCCUUUGUUGUCGUUAUUUGGCAUCUAUUAGUCCUUGUUAUUUUAUUAAUUUAGUUAUUCUUUAUUCCUAUGAAAGCAGGAUUCUAGCUUAAAUUGAAAUCUGGAUUUUGGAUGUAUUUUUUAAGAAUAUUGCCUGCUGUUGUCUUUAGCAUUGAAAUUUUAUUGAAGUUCAACACUGGUUAUUAUUAAGAAGGUUAAAUUGUAAUGAACCCCACAAGUAGUAUCCUUGCCAAUCAAUCAAUAGAUAGCAUGUGGUUAGAUUUUAUUUAAUUUUUACACAUAUAGUAAAUGACAAAUUUGAUAGAUUUUUUAGAUGAUCAUUUCUAAAUAUCAUAAAGAUUUUAAACUCUCUUUGAGCUAAUUAAGUUAGGAUUGCUUGUCGUAGUUAUAGCUCAUUUUUGUGGUUGUGUUUUUCAUUUAGUUGCAUAAAUUCAAAUACAAGAAGGUGAGAUGAAUACAUGGCUUUAAGUUAAAGGCUUAUAAGAUGAAGAUUGGAUUGUGCGAUAUGUUAACAGUCUUUACUGGGCUAUUAUAACUAUGAAUACUGUAGGAUAUGGAGAUAUCACCCCAAAUACUAAUAUUGAAAAAAUUUUUGUCGUUUUUAUUACAGUUAUUUGCUGUGGAGUCUUUGGUUAUGCUAUUAAUACUAUAGGAUCUAUUGUGAGAGAAAUAGCAUUAAAAGAAGCAGCAUUUAAAUAAAUAAAAUUUGACAUAAGCAUGUACAUGAGAAAUAGGAAUAUAAGUAGAAAUGUUUAACUAAAGGUAUUCAAAAUAUUAGAAUACUAAAACCAGUAAGAGUAAGAAGGAUCACAUAAAGCUUCUUAGAUACUUGAAAAAGUACCUGAAAACAUUUAAAACGAUGUUUUUAUGGAAUUUUAUGGUAAAAUACUUCAUUCAUGUAAGCUUUUUCGUUUUCAUUUUACUGAAAAAUUUAUCAAUGCAUUAUCACUCAAAAUGCGUGAGGAAAGUGUUGGGCCUGGAGAGUGUAUAUUUAAGCAAGGAUAAAAUGAUUCAAAGAUAAUCUUUUUGCUCAAAGGAGAAGUAGAAUUUUAUGUAACUUAGUAAUUGGAUGGAGAAAAAGAAAAAAAAUUUAUUCUCACAAAAAUAGGAACAGGUAGCUUCUUUGGACAUAGUGAAUUUUUUACAAACUAAUCAAGAUAAUUUUCAUGUUAAGCUACUUCAAGUUGCAAUUAUGUUUCUCUGAAUAAUCAAGAUAUAGUUUCACUUCUAAAAGAUUAUUAGAAUGAUUAUGAGAAUUUCUGUAAGCUGAGAGAUAAUUUACUAUUAUACGGAAACUAAAUAGAUUAAAUGUGUCUGAGUUGCAAUUAAUUUACUCAUUCAAUAUUAGAUUGUCCCUUGAUUCACUUAUGCUUAGACCGUGAAUUUUUGCUAAAGAAAAACAAUUAUAGUUUCUUUUAAUAAAGAGAAAGUAAUCACUAAAGAAAAAGGCUUAAGCUGAAUAGUCUAAAAAUAAAAUAAGAUAUCAGAUUUAUUGUUCGUAAAAUCAGGAUAGAGAUAGUUGCUGAACAAAGACCGGACUUUUUAGAGUAUUUCGAAGAUUGCAUGAAUGAGACUGACCAAGAGUUUUUUUCUAAGACACCUAUUAUAAAACUGAGAAUAGGCGGAGAAUCACAUGAAAUUCUUCUUUCUGAUGAAUCAGAGGAGGAAGAUGUUGAUUUAGAUCGAGACUUAGAAGAAGUUAAAAGUAACAUAAACAAUAAUUUUGCGUUAUAGAUAGAACACAUGAAUAGUCUAAAAUCAAAUAGCUAGCAAAAGUAGCCUUAAAAUAAUAAUUAAAAUACAUCAAAUAAUGCUAAUCCUAGUAUAAAUACACCUUAAAUUGCAAGAACUGUACAAUUUUAACCUCAAUAAGAAAUAUAAUAUUUUUAAAAAUAAAUAUCUUAGCAUUAACAUUCUCAUUAACAAGGAACGAUUUAAUAAAUGUAGUAAUAAUAAUAGAGAAGGUUUAGCUCAUAGAAUACCUAUCAGAAAUAAUUAUAGAUUUAUAGAGAAUAAAGCUAACAACAAAAUUCACAUACUUAUAGCUAAAAAUCGCUCAGCAGUAUGACAGAUUUAUAGCCUUAAACAGGAUCAAAUUUAAAUUUAGGAGUACAGUAAGCUCCUUCAAAUUAGACCACUCAAAUUGUAUCUAGCCCUAAUCUAGCUCCUUAAAAUAUAAUAUUCUACCUCAAUAAUGCCAAUACAAACCUUUAAAAUCUUUAAGAAAAAACAACUCCAAAAGAAUAAUAAAAGCAAAAUAAUUCAAAUUUGCUAAAUGUUGAUGUAAAUGAUGUCUACCAACCAAGUUAUGGUUCUCAAAAAAGCCGAUCUUAAAAUAAGAACACAAACUCAAAAGAUAUUGAUGAAAGUAAAUCUAUUUAUUCUUCUAAAAGUGGAGAAAAAGGAAAAGAUAUAGAAAAGUAAGACUCUUUUUUGUAGAAGUCUGCAUAAGAAAUUGUUAAUAAUAAAACUCAUCAUUACUAUUAAUUUUUUGGAGUGAUGAACUUUGAGUCAAAAAAAGACUACGAAUUUUAUUUCCCUCAUAAUAACCUAUCUAAAAUUUUGGAUAAAAUCAAAUAAAAAGCAGAAGUUAAAUUAUUAGGAACUAUAAAUGUAGCAUUUAAUUUUGGUAAUUUGUAGAUGAGAAAAGUUGCAAAAAAUACUCCUAAACAAAAGUUGAACUAUUCAUUUACUAGAAUUAAGUUUGAUAAUCCACAGUCAAGCCCUAACCUAACCCAAGAAGAUUAAUAAAACUCAAAUCAGAUUGGAUAGCAUAAUUCACCUUCUAAAUUUAGAAAUAUGAUUAAAUGA